AUGUCGCGUUACGCUGACGUCCACGCUAAGCCUAACGGCCCUGGCGAUGAACGUCCGACGGCCCUACAAAUCAUUGAGGAUAACGGUGCUCAAGGCACACUCAAGGGAGAGGUGAUUGUUAUCACCGGCACGUCGUCCGGCAUCGGCAUCGAAACCGCUCGCGCCCUGGCCACCACGGGCGCCACCCUCUUCCUCACGGCCCGCGACGUCGCCAAGGCCGAGUCCGCCCUAUCGGGUAUCCUGGACCCGGCGCGGAUGGAGAUUAUCGAUAUGGACCAGGCGAAGCUGUCGUCCGUCCGGUCCGCCGCCGCCGCCAUCCUCGCCAGGACCUCCAAGAUCCACCUCCUCGUGAACAACGCCGGCAUCAUGGCGAUCCCGGACCUCCGCCACACGGCCGAGGGCCACGAACUGCAGUUCGGCACGAACCACCUCUCGCACUUCCUCUUCUACAAGCUGCUGGAACCCGCGCUGCUGGCGGCCGCGUCCGCCGCACGGCCGUCCCGCGUCGUAUCUCUCGCGUCCUCGGCCCAUAACGUCCACGGCCUCAACGACUCCGCCAACUACGACUUCCGACGCGGUGGCUACGAUGCCGGUGUGGCCUACGGCCAGUCCAAGACGGCCAAUAUCUACAUGGCCAACGAGAUCGAGCGUCGCUACGGCGCGCGCCACCUCCAUGCCACGAGCGUCCAUCCCGGCCUCGUCUCGACCGGGCUAACUAGGCAUAUGCCUCCUGACGCCUUCAAGGGAAUGGAGCACUUAUACCCCACGAUGAAGAGUGUUGAGCAGGGUGCCGCGACCUCGGUGUGGGCGGCUGUCGGCAAGGAGUGGGAACGUACCGGCGGCAAGUACCUCGUAAACUGCGCCGUGGCCGAGCCGUACGUCGAAGGAGAUGACAAGUUUACGGCGCCGGGCUAUUCCCCAUUCGCUUAUGACAUCGAGCAAGCGAAGAGGCUGUGGACCGACUCGCUCAAGAUUGUCGGAUUGCCGGACGAGGAGUAG